CCCAAGUUCGCUUCUAUCUUUUUUCUGGAUUACACAUAAUGGGUUGGUUAGUUUGUUCAUCGUCUGGAGAUAGAAGCAGAGGAUUUAUCGAUUACCACCUAACCAGAAAGGAAAGACAGACGGGGAAGAAGGAGCAGAUCACCAUGAAAGUGAUACGGUAGGAUAGAGACGUUCUUCUCUACAAGUCAGAGGGAUUUAUUUAAUUUAUUUUGUUAUUUUAUUUGGGUGAAGUGCGGGUCCCACCAGUCGGUGCGUUACCGUCUCUAUUCGUAUAAUAGUGAAAAUGGUACAGUUGGCUGAUGGGUAUUCUCCGGGGAAGAAGAGAAGCAGGGCUGCAAUGACUGAGAGCGAUUCCUUCCCUGUUCUUAACGAUGAUGAUUCCUUUUCCAUUAUCGAGCACAAAGCCUAUGCCAGAGUUGGUUUCCUUGGAAACCCUAGCGAUGUUUAUUUCGGUCGGACCAUUUCUUUCAGUCUCGGCAAUUUCUUUGCUUCUGUUCGGUUGGAGCCUUCUGACGAUCUCAUCAUCAGUCCUCACCCCCACCAUGAUCUUGUUCAGUUCAAAUCCUUAUAUCAAAUGGUGAAUCGCUUACAAAAUGAAGGUUAUUAUGGAGGGGUGCGCCUACUUAUGGCGAUUUGUAAAGGUUUUUACAAUCACUGUAAAGACAACAAUAUUGAACUCAAUGGUGGGAACUUCAAGAUGUCAUAUGAAACCAAUAUUCCUCGUCAGACAGGACUUUCAGGUUCCAGUGCCAUUGUUUGUGCUGCCCUGAACUGCCUCCUUGACUUCUAUAAAGUCCGGCAUCUGGUUAAAGUUGAGAUCAGGCCUAACCUCAUACUUGAUGCAGAGAAGGAGCUUGGAAUUGUGGCUGGACUUCAAGACCGGGUUGCACAGGUCUAUGGGGGACUUGUUUACAUGGAUUUUAGCAAGGAAUAUAUGGAUGACUUGGGGCAUGGCGUUUAUACACCUAUGGAUCUCAGUAUUCUUCCUCCUCUCUAUCUCAUUUAUGCUGAAAAUCCUAGUGAUUCGGGGAAGGUACAUAGUACUGUUCGCAAAAGGUGGCUUGACGGCGAUGAGUUUAUAAUAUCAUCAAUGAAAGAAGUUGCUAAUGUUGCUUUAGAAGGCCGUACAGCCUUACUUAAAAAGGACUUCACCAGACUUGCAGAACUUAUUAAUCGUAAUUUUGAUCUUCGAAGGCAGAUGUUUGGAGAUGAUGCCCUUGGUUCUGUGAAUAUUGAGAUGGUGGAAGUAGCCAGAAGUGUGGGAGCAGCAUCAAAAUUUACUGGAAGUGGAGGAGCUGUAAUUGCAUUUUGUCCAGAUGGGCCUUCACAAGUGAAACUUCUUGAAGAUGCUUGCCAGAAGGCUGGCUUUGCUUUUCAGCCAGCGGUAAUUGUUCCUUCAUUUCUAAAUGAUAUUGAUCGCAAAACCCUGUCUUCCAAAUGACUAGAAAUGUUUUAGAGCUAAAGAAUAUAUGAUAGCUGAUGAUCUCCUUUAUACUAAUCUGGUUUAUCAAAUGUACUUACUCAUGAAGUUCCUUGAUAUUUGAUUCAUUUGUUUCAUAUAUUAAAUGAAAUAAUGAAGUAGCUAGCUGGCCCAAUUUCUCA